CGUGUGUGCGUCGGCGGCGUGGUGACGUCGGCGGCGUGGCAGCGCGCGGGUCGCCCGUUACUCGGCGGGGCCGUUCCGCGAGGGGUUGCCAUGGCGAAGACGGUGGCCUACUUCUACGACCCGGACGUGGGGAACUUCCACUACGGAGCGGGACAUCCCAUGAAGCCUCAUCGCUUGGCACUCACCCACAGUCUGGUUCUGCACUAUGGACUCUAUAAGAAGAUGAUUGUAUUUAAACCAUAUCAAGCAUCUCAGCAUGAUAUGUGCCGCUUUCAUUCAGAAGAUUACAUUGACUUCCUUCAGCGAGUGUCUCCAAAUAACAUGCAAGGAUUCACCAAGAGCCUCAAUGCUUUCAAUGUGGGGGAUGACUGUCCAGUGUUCCCAGGGCUGUUUGAAUUUUGUUCUCGAUAUACUGGGGCUUCAUUGCAAGGAGCAACACAACUGAAUAAUAAGAUCUGUGAUAUUGCAAUAAACUGGGCUGGAGGUCUGCACCAUGCCAAGAAGUUUGAGGCUUCUGGGUUUUGUUAUGUCAAUGACAUUGUGAUCGGCAUCUUGGAGCUUCUCAAGUAUCACCCACGUGUACUGUACAUUGACAUAGAUAUCCAUCAUGGAGAUGGUGUUCAGGAGGCUUUUUAUUUGACAGACCGUGUCAUGACAGUGUCCUUUCACAAAUAUGGAAACUACUUCUUCCCUGGUACAGGUGACAUGUACGAAGUGGGAGCUGAGAGUGGCCGUUAUUACUGUCUGAACGUACCUUUGCGUGACGGCAUUGAUGACCAAAGUUACAAACACCUCUUCCAGCCAGUCAUUAAUCAAGUUAUAGAGUUCUAUCAGCCCACGUGCAUAGUGCUGCAGUGUGGUGCUGACUCGCUAGGUUGUGAUCGUCUUGGUUGCUUUAACCUCAGCAUAAGAGGACAUGGGGAAUGUGUAGAAUAUGUAAAGAGUUUCAACAUACCCCUCCUGGUGUUAGGAGGAGGUGGCUACACAGUUCGCAAUGUGGCCCGGUGCUGGACUUAUGAAACAUCAUUACUUGUAGAUGAAGCAAUUAGUGAGGAGCUUCCAUAUAGUGAGUACUUUGAAUACUUUGCUCCAGACUUUACCCUCCACCCUGAUGUCAGCACUCGAAUUGAAAAUCAGAACUCGAGGCAGUACUUAGAUCAAAUUCGGCAAACUAUAUUUGAGAAUUUGAAGAUGCUGAACCAUGCACCCAGUGUCCAGAUCCAUGACGUCCCUUCUGAUUUGCUGAAUUUUGAUCGCCCAGAUGAGCCUGAUCCUGAAGAGAGAGGUUCUGAGGAGAACUACAGCAGGCCGGAGGCUUCAAAUGAGUUCUACGAUGGUGACCAUGAUAACGAUAAAGAAAGUGAUGUGGAGAUAUGAUGCCUGAAUCAUGGGAGUGUGAACAGUGCGGAGAUCACAGGAUGGUGGUGCUAUAAGGAUGCAGCGGGUUCCAGUGGAAAGCCUCUGUCCUGUCGCUAAGUGAUGGCAGCAGGACUGCUGAAUCAUGCAAUUACUGGGGCGCAAAAGACAUUGAGAGGUUUAUGGUCCUCCCAGAGCCUUUCCCAUCCCUUGAGACUGUGCCUUUGCCACUGUUUGUGGAAAAAGAAUUUCAUAAUUUCAUGUUCACACAAGUCUGUUUCAAUGCUGUGUGACCAGCUGUUGGGUCUCAUUCUGCAGUGACUUUGUCUCCCUUGCAGACAACAAGAAGCACUGUUGCACUUGGACAUUUCUUCUGACUUCUUUUGAAACAGGUUUGUGUAUGUGAGGUGUUCUGCUGAAGCAGCUGGUUUUAAAUCCAAAAAAAGCUGCAGUGUAAAAGUCAGUCGUUUGCCAGUUUUUCAGCCAACCAGAGUCCCGUGUUAAAGUAAAUCAGAUAAAAGGGAGAACCGGAUAAUGGUUAAUAUUUUGCUGAGCCAGUAAUGGAGGUUGGAACGGUCAGUUUUGCGGCUGACCCAACAAUGCUGGUUCAUUUAGCACAGAUUUCUUCAUAGGAGGUAUUUUUGUAGCAGCUCAUUUUCAAAAUCAGGGCAUGUUGAAAAAACUUACCCAUGUGGGAUAUUUGAGGGACAGAAGGCUGGGGGUGGGUGGGUGUUGUUUCUUAAUAUUUCUUCUGGUCACACUGUGUACUUGGUACCAAAGUGGCAUCCCCCCCCAAAAAAAACCCUGUCAAUGGAGAAUUUUGUUUUGCAUGAGUGUUGAUUACAUUCACACACUAGUGCAGGGUUUCCCAACCCUUGGCCUCCAGCUGGUUUCAUACUACAAUUCCCAUCAUCCCUGACCACUGGUAUUGCUAGCUAGGGAUGAUGGGAGCUGUAGUCCAAGAACAGCUGGAGACCCCAAGGCUGGGAAAUGCUGGAUUGUGCACCUAUGUACCACUCAGUGUACCCCCAAGAGUGACCUUUCCACAGACGUCACCUUUGGUUUCAUGGAAGUCAUGCUGCUUAACAAAAGAAUGUUACAUGGAUUGUAGGGGGAGACCUGGGCCAAAGAUGGUUAUGUUGUUGUGGAAAGUCUUCCUAUUGUUGAGCUUCUCCCUUCUGUGACCCUUUACACAUUUUAAUGAGUCAUGCCUUCUGAGCAUGUGCUCAGGCAGAGGCUUUGUUCCUAAAUAAAUUUUAAGGAACUUUAUGAAAGGAAAGCUUCCUGUCCCCUCUUCCCCCCUGAACCACAUUCCAUAUUGUUCAGGAGGGUCCCCCAGACCACCCAGAGAGGAUAUUCUUUUUCAGGGUAAGGGGGGAUGCACACAGUGGGGAGAAGUGGACAGGAAACAUCUCUUCCACAAGCUUCCUUAAAAAUAAAGUUCUUUUUGGAUCCAAGCAAAAAUAUGAAAGGCUUCUCUAAUUUUAACUGCAAGUUCUCUUUCCUUUGUGACUACAUAGCCAUUGAUGCAAUGUGUGCCUCAGUUUGGCUGUGGUCUUACUGGUCUUAAGCUGUAUGUGUAUGCAGAUACUUGCCAUCAGUGUUAUGAAGACUUCACUGCGGGUAGAAUGGCAGAACAGCAACUGAUCUUUUCUUCCUUAUGCUCAUAUUUUACUAAUGCUUUUAAAAUAUUAAACAACAGGAUGGUGUUUUUCUUA